UUUACGCUUAUUCCAGAAAUUUGACACUUUCCGGAUUCUAGUUUGCGGUGGGGACGGAAGUGUUGGCUGGGUUCUCUCCGAAAUUGAUAGCCUCAAUCUUCACAAGCAGUGCCAGCUGGGAGUGCUGCCCUUGGGAACAGGGAAUGACCUUGCCCGUGUGUUAGGCUGGGGGUCUGCUUGUGAUGAUGAUACCCAGCUCCCACAGAUCCUUGAGAAGCUGGAGAGGGCCAGUACCAAAAUGCUGGACAGGUGGAGCAUCAUGGUAUAUGAAACCAAACUCCCUCGCCAGGCUUCCACUUCCACAGUCACUGAAGAUUUCAGUGAGGAUUCUGAGGUGCAGAAGAUUCUCUUCUAUGAAGACUCUGUGGCUGCUCAUUUGUCCAAAAUUUUGACUUCUGACCAGCACUCAGUGGUCAUCUCCUCAGCCAAGGUGCUUUGUGAGACAGUGAAGGAUUUUGUGGCUCCCGUAGGGGAAGCCUAUGGGAAAGCCUAUGAGAAGGCAACGGAAAGCUCAGAGGAGUCAGAGGUCAUGGCCAGGAAGUGCUCUGUCCUGAAGGAGAAGCUGGACUCAUUGCUGAAGACACUGAAUGAUGAAUCUCAAGCGUCUUCAUCUCUGCCAAACCCUCCUCCCACCAUUGCAGAGGAAACUGAAGAUGGUGAUGGGUCAGGCAGUGCUUGUGAUUCUUCUAGUGACCGGUCACUGGGCUCGUCAUGUACUGCACGGCCCCAGAUAUUUCGUCCCCGAGAACAGCUUAUGUUGAGAGCCAACAGCUUGAAAAAAGCCAUUCGUCAGAUAAUAGAGCAUGCAGAAAAAGCUGUAGAUGAGCAGAACGCCCAGACCCAGGAGCAAGAGGGCUUCCUCCUUAGUCUCUCAGCCUCUGAAGAGGGCAAGGAGCUGAGGAACGAGGAUAAAAUCUCCCUGCAGUCAUCACACAGCAGCAGCUAUGGAGUGUCCAAAGGGAGGAGCCAGCGGAAAGCGUCCAAGUCUCCUUGCGAAAGACUAAUAAACAAAGGAAGUUUGUCGCUGGGCAGCUCUGCAUCUCUUCCUCCCCAGACAGGAAACCGGGACAACUUGCCAAUGCUGAACACAAAAAUACUCUACCCAAAUAUCCGUGCUGGUAUGUCUGGUUCCUUGCCUGGGAGCUCUGUCAUCAGCCGAUUGUUGAUCCAUGCCGAUCCAUUUAACUCUGAGCCUGAAAAUCUUGAAUGUUACACAGAAAAGUGUGUCAUGAAUAAUUACUUUGGAAUUGGACUGGAUGCAAAGAUUUCUUUGGACUUCAACAACAAACGUGAUGAGCACCCAGAGAAAUGCAGAAGUCGUACUAAAAACAUGAUGUGGUACGGAGUAUUGGGGACCAAGGAGCUGCUACAUAGAACAUAUAAAAACCUGGAGCAGAAAGUCUUGCUGGAGUGCGAUGGAAGGCCAAUCCCGUUGCCCAGUCUCCAGGGAAUCGCUGUACUCAACAUUCCCAGCUAUGCAGGAGGCACCAACUUCUGGGGGGGGACCAAGGAAGAUGAUACAUUUACAGCCCCCUCCUUUGAUGACAAGAUUUUGGAGGUGGUAGCAGUGUUUGGUAGCAUGCAGAUGGCAGUGUCACGAGUGAUAAACCUACAGCAUCACCGGAUUGCACAGUGUCGGACAGUGAAGAUAGCAAUCCUGGGAGAAGAGGGAGUUCCUGUGCAAGUGGAUGGAGAAGCCUGGAUUCAGCCUCCGGGUUACAUUUGGAUUGUUCAUAAGAACAGAGCACAGACCCUCACCCGAGACAGGGCAUUUGAGAGCACCCUGAAGUCCUGGGAGGACAAACAGAAGUGUGAGCUGUCCCGACCCUCCUCUUUCUCUCUGCAACCAGAGAUCAUGUCUGAAGAAGAAUCCACCCAGAUCAACCAGUUUGGUCAAGCUGCAGGUGCCCUGAUCCACAGCAUUCGGGAAAUAGCCCAAUCCUAUCAGGACAUGGAACAGGAGCUUGCCCAUGCUGUCAAUGCCAGCUCCAAGUCUAUGGACAAAGUCUACGCUAAAUCCAAGUCUACAGAGGGUCUGAACUGCAGCCUUGUUGUAGAGAUGGUGAAUAAUGUCAAAGCCCUCCAUAAUGAGACAGAGCUGCUGCUGGCGGGCAAGAUGGCGCUGCAAUUAGAUCCUCCACAGAAGGAGCAGCUCCAAGCAGCCCUGGCAGACAUGGACCUCCAGCUGAGGAAACUAGCAGACAUCCCCUGGCUGUGGCAGCUUAUGGAGCCCUGCGAUGAGGAGAACCAGAUGCUGGAUUACUCUAAACGCAGCCGCAGUGGCAAAUUCCGGCUGGUGACCAAGUUUAAAAAGGAGAAGAACAACAAAAAUAAGGAAACUCACAGUAGCAUGGGAUUGCCGGUUCACCUCUGGGGAACGGAGGAGGUUGCGGCCUGGCUUGAGCAUCUCAGUCUUUGUGAGUAUAAGGAUAUCUUCAUCCGGCAUGACGUCCGGGGCUCUGAGCUCCUGCACCUCGAACGGAGGGACCUCAAGGACCUGGGUGUGACCAAAGUGGGUCACAUGAAGAGGAUACUGCAUGGGAUCAAGGAGCUGAGCCGGAGUACUCCUGCCAGCGAGGUUUAGCCUCUCUUUUCACAGCCUGCGUCUACCAUUCCCCCUAACUGCACAGCAGUCACCUCACAGAGCAGAUGUGCUCAUGACUGUCUCUACUGAACAGCCAAACUGUAGCUGUUCAGAGCUCAUAUCAACCAAGCAUGGUGCUACCUUUUUUCCUGUGGGGUACGGCUGCAUCCAGUCGAGAGGAACCUUAUCUGCAGUCAGGCAGAGCCUCCCGGAAGAAAACUCACUUGCUGUUUGAAGAACCAUGUCCUCCGAUGUGGGAAGUUCUGGUUCCAGUGACAGUGCAGGACUCCUGAGAAUUGCAACACAGCUACCUUUACUGGAUAAUUUCAUCACAGUAGAAUUAUUCAGGGCAAAAGAUAUAUUGGCCAGUCUUAGUUCAGGAGCAUCUGACAGUAUUUUCAGACCCAAAACUUUCCCGCUCAUCUGUGUGUCACACCUGUAUCUUAGAGCAUUUACAUGGGACA